AUGGCAGCAGUUGUUGGAAGACUCCGAGUCUCUUGUGGCAGAGGACUGUGGUGGGCACUACACGCAAGAAGACCGCCUAAUCCCGCCCCUUCCUAUAUCUUCACAACAAGCCAACCAGGUUGCCUCCACGCGGGACAUUUUUCACGUUUGAGUUCCGUAACUCGGCCACCGUCCGAGCACGAGCACACAGACCCUGCUGCCGCCAGAGAAGCAGCUGAGCAAGGUCUACGAAUACUCAGGGAGCGCUCUGAAUCUCUCGAGCAAGAUGACGCGGUCGAAGCCUGGCGCUUGCUCCUCAAAGCGGCCUGCGCAGAGACGGUGCCACCAGACGUCUACUUCGCCCUGGGCAACCUCCACUACAUCUGGGGAGAGCUACUCGAGUUCGGGAAGAGGGCGGAGCUGGGCGCAGAGGGCGCGGCAAAAGCAGUGGUCGCAGAGAUCAAAGACUUGCGCAAACAAGCCAUGAAGAAACGCCAACUCGCUCCUGGUUCUUUCGGGUCGAAGGGCCGCGCUGGGAAAAGCCCUACGAAGACCACGAGAAUGAGCGACGUCAGCGCUCGCGGCAACGACGGGCGUGUACUCUCGGUUGGCGCUCGCGAGGCUGGAGGUGGACGGGGAACCACUCCGCCAGAAGUGGACUAUCCAGAAGCGUGGGAGUGGUACCUCAAGGCGGCCUUGUCUGGGGAUACGCGGGCGAUGAUGCAGCUGGGAGACAUCGCGCUAGAGGCAAAAACAAAGUCUGCUGGCAACGCGCAGCAUGCCGAGGAAUGGUAUCGGAAGGCCGCCGUGGGGAAUCCGCCUCAACCGGAUGCGUGCUUCCAAAUGGCGAGGAUCCAUCAUGAGGGCAUCGGCGCACCUUGCGACCCAACGCGCGCUCGAGAAUUGUACGACGAGGCCCUUCAGGCGGGGUCUUCAGCGGCCGCGUACUUUUUGGGACAAAGGUUUCACGUCGGCGACGAGGAUCUUGGGAUUGCGCCCGACGGUGUUCGGGCACUGAAGUUCUUGCGUCAAGCCUCGGAAAAGGGACAUGCAGAGGCCACGUUUUAUCUGGCACAAGCGCAUCGCUCCGGCUGUCCAGAGAUGGGCCUCUCCCAGGACCUCGGAGUGUUCGGCGAGCUGGUGCAGCAGGCGGCUGCCGCGGGCAGCGCGGACGCUUUGUUUGCGUUAGGGAGUGCAUUUUUCCACGGAGAGGACGGGUUCGCCCGAGAUCCCCGGGCGGCGUUCAGGUGCUACUCUUCCGCUGCUGACGACGGCCACGCGGAUGCCAGCUAUUGCCUCGGGGUGAUGCAGUACGCCAUGGGCGAUGCCGAGGAGGCUUUUCGCCGCUACCAGACCGCAGCCGAGGCUGGCAACGUGCUCGCAUGGCGGAACCUGGCCGCGAUGUACGCGCUGGGCGAGGGAGUGGCGCGCUCGGAGCAAAUGGCCAAGAACAUUCUCGCCACGUUCGGCGACGAAAUCGAGCGGCGAGAGAAGGAGGAGAAGAGGGCAGCCAAAGACGGGGAGGAGAAGAGAUAG